CUCACAAGCCUUCGGACGACACCCACGGCCUUCAGCGGAGGCAUCGCCAGGAGGAGCUGCAGCUGCAACAGCGCACAUAUGGCCAGCAUCCUGGUCCUCAGAGUCCCAUCUUCCUGCCCACCGACGAGGAGUGGCUGUGGACCUUAGCCAAGACCUGGGUGCGAAACGCCGAGUUCCACACCCACGAGGACAUCGCCCACCUGCUGCGCGGCCACCUGAUGUCCGAGAUCUUCUCGGUGGCCACCCUGAGGACCCUCCCCAUGUGCCACCCCCUGUACAAGCUUCUGAUCCCCCACUUGCGUUAUUCCAUCCACAUCAACGUGUUGGCGAGGACCUACCUCAUCAGCCAAGGUGGCACCUUUGAUAAG